GCAGCCAAUGGGGGGCCGAGGCUCCGGCUGCUUGGGAUCUUUGGGACCCAGGAGGAGGAAGAGGAGGAGGAGGGCAUCGGACCCAAGAGGCGACUUGGCUGGGGAUCCCCUGCUUUGCCAAAAGGUUCAUGUUUUUCGGAGACGAUGCGCAAAGGACGCCGACGAUGAACAACGUCGAAAAGAAAAAGUUUGGUUCGGCGGAAGAGGAGCGCGAUUAUUGGAAAGAGUUGGCAGCAAAAUAUAAAGAAUGCGCGGAAAAUGCACAGGCAGAGCUGCGUGAAUUUCAGGAAGGGAGCCGCGAAUACGAAGCGGAGCUGGAAAUGCAGCUGCAGCAAACGGAGACGCGGAACAGAGACCUCCUUUCGGACAACAACCGCCUCCGGAUGGAGAUCGAGUCGGUCAAGGAGAAGAUCACAGCCCAGCAUUCAGAGGGAUACCAGAGGAUCUCGGCGCUGGAGGAAGAGCUGGCCCAGACCAAGGCCAUCAAGGACCAGCUGCAGAAAUACAUUCGGGAACUGGAGCAAGCCAACGACGACCUGGAACGAGCCAAGAGGGCCACCAUCAUGUCCUUGGAGGACUUUGAGCAGCGGAUGAACCAGGCCAUCGAGCGCAACGCCUUCCUGGAGAGCGAACUGGACGAGAAGGAGAACCUCCUGGAAUCAGUCCAGCGGCUGAAGGACGAAGCCCGAGAUUUACGUCAGGAGUUGGCCGUGCAGCAGAAGCAGGAGAAGCCCAAACCCUCGGCGGACGGUGCCCUGGAAGCAGAGCGGAUAGACACAGCUGUCCAAGCCUCCUUGUCCGUCCCGUCCACCCCUAUGGCCCACCGAGGGUCCAGCUUUGGAAUACAUACCCCAGGGACAUUCAGAAGAGGUUUUGAGGAGAGUUAUAGUGCAACUCCACUCACGCCGGCCGCCCGAAUAUCGGCGCUCAACAUCGUGGGGGACCUUCUCCGGAAAGUUGGGGCUCUGGAAUCCAAGCUGGCCUCCUGCCGAAACUUCGUCUAUGACCAAGCUCCUUACCGAAGCGCUGUGCCGACCCCGGUCUGUUUGGGCAGAGACGCCUUCGAGAGACGCCUGAGCGGUCCCUACGGACCCCAAGGGUUGCCGAAGCGGCUAGAUUUGGGGACUUGGCCGUCCAACCACGCAGGACCGGUGGGCCUCCCUCCACAAGGAGUCGUCCAGAUGCUUCUUUGAAGGGCCACAGAACGGUCUCCUCCAUGCAAAAAUGUGCAUCCUUGCCAGUUUUUAAUGCAGUGCUAACAUCCAGUCCUGCCGCUCGCCUGCGAUGAACCAACCGAGGCGGAAGGUUAACAUUUUGGAAAAAGGAACAGUAAUGGGAGAGAAGUAAUGACAUUUAAUUCCAUAGAGAGGAACAGUGGAGCUGCAGUCGUGGGCACCGACUUGCAAACAGCGAAUGCAAAAACCCCAUUUUUUUUGGAAGGGAUCCCUUCAACAGGACAAACCACAUUCUUCCAAUGUACCACUAUCGCUUUGCAGUUUUGCUUUGUUUCUGAAAAAGAAAUGUGAGCAUCUCUUUGACGUCAGAGCCAACCUUGGCAUGGAAUCCGCCAACGCCAAGGGGCAUAAACUUCAUUGCGAAUGGCACCUGGGUGGUGCAAAAUGACUGUUUUAGAGGUUGCCAGAGGGAUGGGCGAGACCUUGUUUUCUGCAAAUAAGAAAUAUUUGGUCCUGCGCCUGCCUGUCACUGCCUGCCCAAGUUGGCAUCUUCCUGACAGAUCAGUGGUUUCCAAACUCUGCCCUUCCAGAUGUUUUGGACUUCAGUUCCCAGAAGCCAUCUUGGGAUUCCUGGAACUGAAGUCCAAAACAUCUGGAAGGGCAGAAUUUGGGAACCGCCAUUCUAGAUGG